CUUCUAGCAUAUAUUUGAUUUAUCUGCAGUAGUCUGCUGUAAUUUUCAGUAGUUUUAGCAUUUCUUCAACCUGCUACUUUGCUUCACUUAGGUGGUCGCCUUCAUGAACUCCCCCAUUGGACAGUAUUUGGAAGAGCACCCAUUCAUGUCCCUCUCACUUCUGGUCUUUGUAGCACUGUCUGCAGUUCCAUUUGGCCUGUUUCUGACUAUGAUCGUUGGGACAGCAGUAAUUGCAUGCCUUGGGGUCAUAAUAAUUGAAGGAAUUGUUAUAGCAGUGGGAGGAGUAACAUUACUUUGUGUUCUGUGUGGACUUGUGAUUCUGUCGUUUGGGGUAUCAGGAGUACUCAGCAUCUCUUACUUUGCUAUAUCUAGCAUUUUAAACUACAUACACACAGCCAGGUUUUUACAGAAGGAUCCACGUCAAUCUCAGCCUUGCUCAAAGCUUGCUGAAGACCAGCCUCCUGUGAGUGGUUCAAAGGUCACAACUUAUGAUAAAUAG